AUGGUCGUUGUUCAUGAGCUGGAGAAAAAGCCAAGGUUCGACUUUUUAAACAACGACCGUUUAGCGAAGAAACUGUUCGCCUUGGUCGAAAAAACCGGCUACGAGAUCAUGCAGGUCAACGGUCAGAGAGUGUACGCGCCUCCGGCGAAGAGAAACAUACAGCCACCCCCCAGGGGUUGCGAGGUGUUUAUAGGCAAACUGCACAAGAACAUCUUCGAGGACGAGCUGAUCCCCAUAUUCGAGACCAUCGGGCCUCUCUACAAGUUCCGGUUGAUGUUGAACUUCCGCGAGCAGACCCGCGGCUUCGCCUUCGCCACCUACUUCUCCAAGAGGCACGCCAACUUGGCGGUUCAACACCUGGAUGGGUACGAGAUCCGACGUGGCCUGCGGAUCGGGGUAUUCAAGUCGGUGGAUAAUCGCAGGUUGUUCGUGGGAAACCUGCCCCUGAAGGUGACGAAGAGGGACGUGAAGGACAUGUUCUGCCAGUACGUUGAUGGAGUCGUGGAAAUUAUCAUGUACAGUGACUUCACGCAGCCCCAUUUGAACAGAGGCUUUGCUUUUGUCGAAUUCGAGAACCACCGUAUGGCCGCCAUGGCCAGGAGACAGUUUGCCCCUGAUAAUCUCUUAGCGUGGGGACAAACCCUCUACGUCGAUUGGGCUGAUCCUCUGCCUGAUGUUCACCCGAAGAUUAUGGCCAAGGUUUCCAUCUUAUAUUUAAAAAAUAUACCACUAGACUACACAUCGGAGGAAAUUCAUACGAUCAUAUGCAACGCAGUCGGUGCUCAGCUGGUGAAAAAAGUGCACAAGAUGCAGAAUUAUGCCUUCGCGCACUUCGUGAACCGUCGCUCUGCAGAACUUGCUUUAGAAAAGCUCCAAGGACUGGUACUUUCUGAUAAGGACGAACACCAUCACAGCAUGGCAAUCGAAUGGGCGAGACCAAGGCGUUUUAGCAAGAAGUUCAGACUUUCCAAUACCCCAGAUAAUUUUUGCAGAUCGGUCCCACCGAACAUCAGGAGACUGGUAUUUCAAAAAGUGGCCGAUGUUACUUCAAAUAGUCUCCUGAAUCGCACAGAUGUACUGUCUACCGAUUACAAUUCUUUUAUAAGUGGAGUACCGGGCUGUAGCUCCGUUUUGACCGACUGAAUGAUAACGGAUAUCGUGAUGGAUGACAAUGGAUGGAUUAUGUAUAUUUUCCUAUCAAUUUAUGAAUUUUG